CUUCCUUUCCCUCUUCAAUCUUUCCGCCUUCCCGUCCUCGAUUCCAAUCCCUCAUCUCCGCCACCACCAUUCCCCAUUCGCGCCAUGCUCUCCCCGCCGGCGACCACCCAAGAACAGCGCGCGCUUCACCGCCUCUGACGACGAGGACGACGAUAGCACCUUCCUUGGGUUCCAAUUCCCCCAGCACGCGCGCGCGCGAGCGCCAGUUUCUCCCUUCCGUCCAGCAGCGUCCCAACAACAAGAACCAUCCAUGGCGUCCUGCCAAUUAGUGCGAAGCUCCAGCAGUAGCAGGAUGGAGUUGGAAGACGAAGCCUUCUUCGACACACACCAAGAGUUGCUGGCGUCGCCGGCAUCCAACCCAGCGCCAGCGCCGGCAUUGCCGUGGUCGUCAUCCAACGCCCUCGACAGCGUGCAAGAGCGGAAGGAGCGGUUCCUCAGAAGCAUGGGCCUCGAGUGCAGCCCCAGCCCAAGCCCCAAGCACGCAGAUCCUGUCUGCCCCGCCAGCGAAGUCGACGACGACGAGGAGGCUGUGCCGGACACCGGGAGGUUCUCGUCGCAGUCCGAGGAGAACGACUGCUCCAUGUCCAGCUGGUCCACGGAGGAGACCACCAGCUACGGCGACGGCGCGUCGGACGACAAUUCCGUCAGCGGGUCCAGCAAGGACGACGGCAGCAAGGUCAGCCGGAGCUCCAGCUCCUUCUCCUUCAUCAGGAGGCUCAUGAGCCGGAACGGUAAGGCUUCUGGUGCUCCGAGGACGGUCGAGAGGAGGAGGAGCGGGUGGCUUGAGAGGCUCGGCGUGGCAGCCUGUGUGGUGGAUCUUACAGGGGAUGAGCCCAGCACCAGCUCCUCCGACAGCGAGCAGAGUCGGGGUGGGAGGUAUGAGAGGAUUAAGGUCCGCUCCUACCGGAAGCGGUCCAAGGAAUUGUCUGCCGUGUACCAAGGCCAAGUGAUCAAGGCACACGACGGUGCCAUCCUGACGAUGAAGUUCAGCCCCGACGGGCAGUUCCUCGCGACCGGCGGCGAAGAUGGAGUUGUCAGGGUUUGGGGUGUUUCGCAGUCUGAUGACUGUAAGAUUCCUACGGAUGAUCCCUCUUGCGUCUACCUCAAAUCGCGGCGCAAGCAUGGGCUGGCGCCGGUGAGUGCUGACACCGAGAAGUUAUGCAAGGUCAAGAGCAUGAAGAAAACUGGAGACUCUGCUUGCAUUGUGAUUCCGGCAUCGGUUUUCCACAUAUCGGAGGAGCCGCUGCACGAGUUCUUUGGCCACUCUGGUGAUGUGUUGGAUCUUUCCUGGUCAAACAACAAGCAUCUACUGUCUGCAUCAACAGACAAGACCGUCCGCCUGUGGGAAAUUGGAUCUGCAAACUGCAUCAGCGUUUUUCCGCAUAGCAACUUUGUGACUUGUGUCCAAUUUGAUCCGACCAACGACAAUUGCUUCAUCACUGGAUCCAUUGACGGCAAAGUCCGUGUAUGGGACAUCACUAGAGGCAGCGUCGCGGACUGGGUGGAUGUUAGGGACAUAGUUACGGCGGUCUGUUACCGACCUGAUGGAAAGGGUGCAGUUGUUGGAACCAUUACUGGAAAUUGCCGGUUUUAUGAUGCAUCAGAUAAUAACCUCCUGAGGUUGGAAACUCAGAUUGCACUCAACGGCAAGAAAUCAUCUCUCAAGAGAAUCACAAGUUUUCAGUUCUGUCCAAUCAACCCAAGUAAACUUAUGGUAACAUCUGCCGACUCAAAGAUCAGGAUACUGGAUGGAACCAAUGUGAUUCAAAAUUACAGUGGACUUCGAAGUGGUUCGUGCCAGAUGUCUGCAUCAUUCACUCCUGAUGGGCAGCAUAUAGUGUCUGCUAGUGAAGACUCCAAUGUUUAUGUUUGGAACCGUGAGAACCAAGAUGAAUCUGUAUGGCGACAAGCAAAAACCACAUAUUCAUCAGAGCGCUUCCAAUCCAACGAUGCAGCCGUCGCGAUACCCUGGAUUGGCAUAAAACCAAGAAGCCAUGUUUCAUUGGCCUCUCAAAUGCAAUUCAAGUAUACUUCAAGUUGCAGUGGAGACUGUUCUUCCACUAACAGCAGUACGCCAAGAUCCUCUGCUCCUGGUAUUUUCAGUCUGAACCAGGAGCUGUUCACCGAGCCCUCUUGCAAAGGGCCGGCAGCAACUUGGCCAGAGGAAAUGCUGCCAUCUUGCUCGAUCGGUGCAAAUUUGGACGAGUCGCAGUACAAGCUCCUGAGGAACUGUUCACAGAGCACAUCAAACUCCUGGGGUCGAGUGAUCGUAACCGCAGGAUGGGACGGCAGAAUUAGGUCGUUCCAGAAUUAUGGCCUGCCGGUGCAUCAGUGACUUGGUUCUUGGAGAACAAUUGGUGAAAGUAAACGGCAGCAGCAUUAGCGCUUCACAUGGGCAUCAAGAAAAGCACCCGUGCACCCAGCUAUGCUGGUCCAGUGUGUGUGGUUUCUUGGUACAAGACAUCACAUGCUUGGUGCUCCUGCUGAAUUGUGCAUGGACCAGUGUUGUACAUAAUCAACCCGGUGGUCCUCUGAGAUCUCUUCAUCAGCGGUUGUUGUUCGUGGCAGGUCCUGUAGCUUGUACAACCUUUUUUUUUUGUAGAAAUCUUUCAGUCUAGAUCAGAUUUAUUCCUUGUCCCUUCUUUCAAUUGCCCUAUUGGUAUGCCACGGGAAUUCGUUAGCCUAAGCUGAGUGUAAAUUUUCAUCCCACUGAAUGUGUGGGAGCUUGAUGGGAGUAUAUAUGAGAAAUUCGUUCAUUCAUUCAAAAUGCAGUGUCCAGUUCUUCA